GCCGCUGCUCCCCGCCUGCCUCCCUCCCGCGGCCGCGGCCAGGAGGGGCCGCCCGGGGCCUGGCGGCUGCGGAGAGAUGAGCAACGCCAGCAAUAAGAGAGCCCCGACGACGGCGACGCAGAGGCUGAAGCAGGAUUACCUGAGGAUCAAAAAGGAUCCCGUGCCUUACAUCUGUGCAGAGCCACUCCCCUCCAACAUCCUGGAAUGGCACUAUGUGGUGCGAGGGCCGGAGCUGACCCCCUAUGAAGGUGGAUAUUACCACGGAAAAUUAAUAUUCCCUCGAGAAUUCCCUUUCAAACCUCCCAGUAUUUAUAUGAUCACCCCCAAUGGAAGGUUCAAGUGCAACACCAGGUUGUGUCUGUCCAUCACGGAUUUCCACCCGGACACCUGGAACCCGGCCUGGUCGGUGUCCACCAUCCUGACAGGGCUGCUCAGCUUCAUGGUGGAGAAGGGGCCCACCCUGGGCAGCAUCGAGACCUCCGAGUUCACUAAAAGGCAGCUGGCUGCACAGAGCUUAGCAUUUAAUUUAAAAGAUAAAGUCUUCUGUGAGCUCUUCCCUGAAGUGGUGGAGGAGAUGAAGCAGAAGCAGAAAGCCCAGGAGGAGCUGAGCUCCAGGCCUCCCUCGCUGCCGCUGCCAGACGUGGUGCCGGACGGGGACGCGCACCUGGGCCACCACGGGCACGCGCUGCUGGCCGGGCAGCCGGCGGGCCCCGGGCGCGGCGCGGCGCUGCAGCAGCCCCACAGGAACCACGGACUCUUGGGGGGAGCCCUGGCGAACUUGUUUGUCAUCGUGGGCUUCGCCGCCUUCGCCUACACAGUCAAGUAUGUGCUGAGGAGCAUAGCCCAGGAGUGAGGGCGUCCCCAGGACCAAAUUCCAGGGGGGUCUGGGCUCGGCGGGACUCGGCGGGGGCAACGUUUGGGGCGUUCGGCCUUGCCGGGUUGAGCCGGGGAUUUGGGUUGAGGAGUCGAAGCGUUGUUGGGGAGCCACUGCAUUUUGUUGCUUUGGUUUGUAGAGUUCUUCUCCAUCUGUGGUUUCAAAAUUGAAAAAUCUGCAGUAAAUUCUUAUUCCAUUGAGUUUUUAAUUCAGGAAAUUUGGGGGUUUUGUCCUUCUUGGGUUGUGGUGGGGUUUUGGGUUGAGGAGUCGAAGCGUUGCUGGGGAGCCCCUUUGGUUUGUAGGGUUCUCUUCCAUCUGUGGCUCUAAAUUUGGAAAAUCUUUUGUUAAAUUCUUAUUCCAUUGAGUUUCACAUUUAGGAAAUUUUUGGGUUUUUCCCUCCCUGGCCUGAGGUGGGAUUUGGGUUGAGGAGUUGAAGCAUUGUUGUGACCCACUUUGGUUUGUAGAGUUUUCCUCUAUCUGUGGUUCUAAAUUUGGAAAACCUUCCGUAAAUUCUUACUCCAUUGAGUUUUUAAUUGAGGAAAUUUGGGGGUUUUCCCUUCCUGGCUUGUGGUGGGGAUUUGGGUUAAGGAGGUUUUACUUCUCACUGAGAGGUCAAAGCAUUUUUGGGGAGCCCCUUUGGUUUGUAGAGUUCUCCUCCAUCUGUGGUUUCAGAAUUGAAAAAUCUGCAGUAAAUUCUUAUUCCAUUGAGUUUUGAAUUCAGGAAAUUAGGGGUUUUUCCCUUCCUGGGUUAAGGUGGAGUUUUGGGUUGAGGAGACAAAGUGUUGUUGUGACCCACUUUGGUUUGUAGGGUUCUCUUCCAUCUGUGGUUUCAAAAUUGAAAAAUCUUCAGUAAAUUCUUAUUCCAUUGAGUUCUGAAUUGAGGAAAUUUGGGGGUUUUGCCCUUCUUGGGUUGAUGUGGGAUUUUGGGUUGAGGAGUCGAAGCGUUGUUGGGGAGCCCCUGCAUUUUGUUGCUUUGGUUCUUCCAUUGAGUUUUGAAUUCAGGAAAUUUGGGGAUUUUCCCUUCCUGGGUUGAGAUGUUUCAUUUUCAGUGCUUUGAUUUAUCGAAUUCUUCUCCAUCUGAGCUUUGAAAUUGGGAAAAUCUUCCAAUUUUGGCUCUGUUGAGCGAUUUUUACGAAUCCCCUCCCAUUCCUGCAUCUCCCUUGUGUUUUCCUUAGGGAAGAGGUGGGAAGGGAUCCAAGCAAAGAUUCCAUGUGGAUUUGGGGAUUAGGGGUGGGUGAAGGUUGAUUUGAUAGAAAAUUUGGGGAUUUUAUUCCCAAUAAAUCCCCAUCCUUGUGUUCUGCUCAGUGCUGAUAAAUGGGAAAGAAAGAAUUCCAAAAGUUCCCUCAGGACUCCCACAAGCAUCACCGAGGGUUUGAUUUAUCAGGGAAAAACCAACUUUGGAAUUAGAGGGAAUUCCCACAUCCAGCCUUGGAUUCUCAUUGGGGUUUUUCCUUUUGGGAGGGAAAUGAUAAAAUUUCAUUUUUGUCACAAGGGGGCCACUGGUGGGAAAAAAAACCAAUAAAAGUGCAGCCACCCCAUGGAGAGUGUGUCCCAAAAACUGGGCUUUGUGUCCCAAAAACUGGGCUUUGUGUCCCAAAAUUGGGCUUUGUGUCCCAAAAAUUGGGCUUUGUGUCCCAAAAAUUGGGCUUUGUGUCCCAAAAACUGGGGUUUGUAUCACAAAACUGGGGUUUGUGUCCCAAAAACUGGGGUUUGUGUCCCAAAAACUGGGGUUUGUGUCCCAAAAACUGGGCUUUGUGUCCCAAAAACUGGGCUUUGUAUCACAAAACUGGGGUUUAUGUCCCAAAACUGGGGUUUGUGUCCCAAAAACUGGGGUUUGUGUCCCAAAAACUGGGGUUUGUGUCCCAAAAACUGUUUUUUCUGUCCCAAAAAUUGGGUUUUGUGUCCCAAAAAAUUGGGUUUUGUGUCCCUAAAAUUUGUUUUAUCAUCCCAAAAAUUGGGGGUUUGUGUUCCAAAAAUGUUUUUUUGUGUCCCAAAAAUUUGUUUUAUUGUCCCAAAAAUUGGUUUUAUUGUCCCAAAAAUCAGCAUUUGGGGCUGUGGGGAUGAGGGAGCAGCACCUGGAAAGGGAGGAAUUCCAGGUUUGAGUGGGAAUAACGAAGGAGCUCCUGCAGAGAGGCUGAGGCAGAGGUAAAACCCCAAAUUCAGUUCCAGUUGCUUCAAGUUUUCCUUCAAUUCCUGAAAAACCCCAAAUCCCAAUCCCAAAAUUCCUCUGGGAUUCAUCUGCUGAGGUAAAACCCCAAAUUUGGGUCCAUUUGCUUCAAUUUCACUUCAAUUCUUUUUUAAAGAAACUAAUUCCUCUGGAAUUCUGGAAAUAUUUUCCCCCCCAACCCCCAAAUUCCUCUUGGAAAUGUUU